CCGUGAGCGGGGACAGCGGGCGGCGUGUCCCUGCGCCCGGUCCUGCCCCCCCGUCCUCCUCCCGGAGCGGGGAUGAGCGAGACCCGCGCCAGGGGAGUCGCCGCCUAGACCGGCAGCCAGGAUGGUGCCCCUGCAGCCCCUGCCCCUCGUCGUGGUCCAGGGCGUCCUCCAGCUCGUAUUCUGUGAUGCCAGUCGGGUCGUACAAGCUGCGGACGUGCUGGACUGGGAAGACAAGGAUGCUGCAGAGACACUGGUUGACAACGUGGUCCACUCCAGGAUGAUCAACCCCUUACGCCUGUUUGUUAAGCCAUCUCCAGUACUGAAACACGGCCAGGUGUCCUACUCAGACAGCAUAGAAAACUUUUGGGAUUGGUUGUCCAACAUCACGGAGGUUCAGGAAUCUCUGGCACGAACUAAACGCAGACCUAUAGUAAAAACUGGGAAAUUCAAGAAAAUGUUUGGAUGGGGCGAUUUCCACUCUAACAUCAAAACUGUUAAGCUGAACCUCCUGAUCACGGGGAAAAUCGUCGAUCAUGGCAAUGGGACCUUCAGUGUUUAUUUCCGACAUAACUCCACGGGUCUGGGGAAUGUUUCUGUCAGCCUGGUGCCACCUUCCAAGGUGGUUGAGUUUGAACCAUCUCCACAGUCAACGCUGGAGACCAAGGAAUCCAAGUCCUUCAACUGCCGAAUCGAGUACGAAAAAACAGACCGCGCUAAAAAAACUGCCUUGUGCAAUUUCGACCCUUCAAAGAUCUGCUACCAAGAGCAGACCCAAAGCCAUGUCUCCUGGUUGUGUUCCAAACCCUUUAAGGUCAUCUGCAUUUACAUCGCUUUCUACAGCGUCGAUUACAAACUGGUGCAGAAGGUCUGCCCUGACUACAACUACCACAGCGAGACGCCGUACCUGUCCUCCGGCUGACACAGUGCAGUCAGCAUCAGUCACAAAAAUAAGCAUUUCCACUAACCUUUUGGAGAAGAAUAUGUUUUUCCUAUCAGGUUAAAAAAAAAAGUCUUUAAAAAACUGUAGCUGUGUUUGUGCCGUAUCGUAACUAAUCAAACUGUUUAUGUAACAAUCACUUUCA